GGGAGCUCCUCCUUCCGCCCUCGUCGACGGCGAGCGACACGCCGAGACACCCACAGAGCGCCGCCCGCGCCGCCGCGAGGAGAGGAGACGGAGAGGUGAGGAGGAGGAGAGGAGAGAUGGUGGCGAUGGGCGCGGACGAGGAGGAGGAGCGGCGGAUGCACCAGGGCUGCAUGGCCGGGUUCUUCCACCUGUUCGACCGCCCGCAGAUACUCUCCGGCAAGCGCCUCCAUCACCAGCCUCGCCGCCUCCUGUCAUCCUCCAGCGGGUCGGCGACGCCGUCGGAGAGGUCGAUGCAGCUGGACCGGUCGCCGGAGCGGGCGACGCCGCUGCCGUCGCCCGACAUGACGCCACCGGCUGCGCCGAGGCCGUCGCUGCAGCUGCCGCCGCUGGAGACGAAGGACGGGGGUGGCGCGCCCGCGGUGUGGCGGCUGCCGCGGCUGUCGCUGGACAGCCGCGCGGUGGUGGACGCCAGGGGGAAGCUGCGGCCGCGCGACAUCCGGACGUCGCCCGCCGCGCCGCCGUCCCCGGGGGCCGGCGGCGGGGACGAGCGACGCUCGCCCAGCGUCGUCGCGCGGCUCAUGGGCCUCGACGCGCUGCCGCGUGGCGCUCCGGACGAGCGGGACGCGGCGCCGUGUGGGGGUGAGCUCCGGCGGUCGGCGUCCGAGCGCGUGCCGCGUGACCCGGCCUGCUUCAGGUUCGUUGACCCGAGCUUCUUCGAGAGGCCCUCGCCGCCGGUGACGCCGCAGCAGCAGAGGCCGUCUUCGCCGGCGGUCGAGGCGGCGCUGCGGCGCGCGCCGGAUCCCGCGUGCCCGCGCGGUGGGAUUCAGAGGCGUAGCCGCUUCGACGCGCACGACGUGUUCCCGGAGCCCGCGAAGCGCGUCGUCGACUCGGCCGCGGCGGGGCACGGCGAGAUCGCGCUCUACGGCGAGAUCGAGCGGCGCCUCCGCAAGCGCGGGAUCGCCGAGCCGGCCAGGGAUCUGGAGACGCUCAAGCAAAUCUUGGAGGCGCUCCAGCUCAAGGGCCUCCUCCGCCACACCCCGCCGCCGCCGGUCUCGUCGCUACGCACCCAGCCGCCGCCGCCUCCUAUCGUCGUCAUGCGGCCCUCGUCGCGGCCGCCACAGCCGCCGGCGUCGCGGACGUCGCCCACCCGCCGAGUCCGCGUCGACGCCGACAAUGCCCGGCGCCCGCGCUCACCGGACCGCGCCGCGUCGCCCGCACGGAGCCCGGCUUCCCCCGCUCGACGCGGCCCUCAGUCCCCGCAGCGACGCGUCUCGCCGGCGCAGUCGCCGAGGUACCAGCCGCCGCUCAGGAAGCCGAGCACCGGCGACCGCUCCCGCAUUGCCCGCCGCGGAGGUCACGGCAGCGCGGCGCUGUCUCCCGACGACGACGCGUCCACCACCUUCUCCGACGGCACCAGCAGCGGCUCACUCAGCGCCUCCUCCCGCUGGGACUUCGAGCAGCGCGCGCGCCCCGACGAGCUCCGCACCGACCGCGGCCUUCUCGAGCGCUGCGGCAAGCUGCUGAGCAGCAUCCAGGCGUUCACCGCCGGCGACGACCAGCAGCCGAGCCCGGUGUCCGUGCUCGACGCGGCGGCGUUCCUCGCCGACGAGGACUCGCCGUCGUCGUCGGGGUCGAAGCGCGCCAUCUUCUUCGGCGCCGCCGCCCCGGCCCCGCACGCCGCGACGGCGUCCGCGUCCGACCAAGACGACGACGACGACCAGUGGGACACGUGGACGGUGGGCCCGGACGUCGACCCGGACUACGCCUACGUGGCGGAGGUCGUCAAGGUGUUCGACCGGACGACGCGGGACCCAUCCGCCGUGUACGCCGCGGCGGCGAAGACCACCACCGGCGGCGACGACGACACGUGCCCCCAUCACCGGAUGCUCCUCUGCGCCGCGGCGGUGGAGGCGCUCGACCGCCGGCGAGCCGCCUGCGCGUGGGACCCGGUGUCGUGGCUCCGCGGCGGCGAGCUGGUGGACCACGUCUGGGCCGAGGUGAGGCGCGCGCGCGAGCCCGUGGCGGCGCCGGACGCCGACCUCGACCUGAACGAGCUGAUCCGCGGCGGCGUCGUCCGCGACCUCGCCGCCGACCACCACCGGUGGCCGCCGUCGUCGUCGCAGCUGCUGCCCGGCGCGGAGGUGGCCGACGCCGUGCUGCAGAUCGAGCGGCUGGUGUUCAAGGACCUCGUCGCCGACACCAUCCGCGAGCUCGCCGACGUCGGCCUCCGCCUGCCACGUCGGAAACUGGUCUUCUAAAAAAAAAGAGAAAAAACUCAACGUAGGAGCCAAAAUUAAUCGAAUAAUCUCGCAUCAUAUUAAUCUCUCUUUCUAGUUUGUACUGCUUGGUUUGUCCAGUGUCAUGUAAAAUUACUGCGACUUACUGCCACUAUUUAGUUACUAUUAUUACUGUUAAUUAAGUGUAAUCUUAUUAAACUGGAUGAUGAUUUUGAGAUUA